AUGGCUCCAGCUCAGGUUUCAUGCUGUGAUUCUUCUCUCUUUUCUUCUGCUGGUGCUCCUCGUCCAUUUCGUUCUUUGUUUGACAAAGAUAGGAUUGAAUGGCCCGAGCCAAUACAGAGAGUCCAAUCUAUUGCAGAGAGAGGCAUAAAACACUUACCUCCUACAUAUGUUAGGCCUGUGGAAGAGAGACCAUCCGGGCAUGUAUUGGCUGAAGAAAAGAUACCUCUUAUUGACCUGUCCGGUCUUGACAAUGAGCGAAGAGAAAAAACAAUGGAAGAGAUCUCUAAUGCAUGCAAGCAGUGGGGAUUUUUUCAAUUGAUUAAUCAUGGAAUGAGCACUGAGCUUCUAAAUGCUGGGAGGGAUGUGUCAAGGAGGUUUUUUCAGCUUCCUUUGGAGGAGAAGCAGAAGCAUGCCAAUGAUCCAAAAACUUAUGUUGGAUAUGGGAGCAGGACUGGUGAAUUGCCCAGGCUGGAAUUCAAGACGAUGCCUGUAAUGAAGGAAUACUGCAAUGGAGCUGUGCAAGUUUGCAGAACUCUGCUAUCUGCGCUCUCUCAAAAUUUGGAUCUUCCUCCCAAAUAUCUGGAACAAGCUUUUGGAGGCGAAGAAGAUAUUGGCAUGUGUGUGAGGGUAAACUACCAUCCAGUAUGCCCACAACCAGACCUCACAUUUGGUCUCUCACCCCACUCAGACCCUGGAGGCAUUACCAUUCUUCUGCAGAAUGAUGUUUCAGGUCUCCAGGUUAGAAAGGGAGAUUAUUGGGUUCCUGUCCGUCCUGUUCCUGAUGCUCUCAUAGUAAACCUUGGUGAUCAGAUUGAGAUAUUAACAAAUGGCAUCUACAAAAGUGUGGAACACAGAAGUAUUGUGAACGAUACCAAUGAACGCAUGUCAAUAGUGAUUUUCUGUAAUCCAUGUGGAGAGAAGAAAGUUGGGCCUGCCAAAGACCUGAUAGAUGGUUCCAAUCCAGUAAAGUAUAAAUGUAUGACGUUCAAUGAGUACCGUAUGUUUAUCAGAACGACAGGCCUUAAAGGAAAGAGUUACGUUUAA